AUGUCCUUUGUAGAAGCAGACAAGUCCACGCUUUCCAACUAUCGAGACAUUCACACGGAACAUGCCGUGCUCACGUGGACCAUCGACUGGUCGAAGCAGCUCGUCCACGGAUCUGUCGAGCACACAAUGAUUGUCAAGCAGAGCGGCCUCAAGCAUGUCGUGUUCGAUACUUCCUUUCUCGACAUAGCCUCUGUCAAGGUGGCAGGCAAAGACGCCAAGUGGACCUUAGCUGAGCGCAAGGGCACCAUGGGGAGCGCGCUCACUGUCGACUUACCUGCCGUCAAGGAGACCGAUCAUGUCAAGAUUUUGAUCGCUUACAGCACGACAUCGCAAUGUACAGCUCUCGGCUGGCUCACCGAAGGCCAGACAGGCCCAAAGAAGCACGCGUUCGUCUACUCGCAAUGUCAGGCCAUACACGCUCGCUCGUUGCUACCUUGCCAAGAUACGCCUGCGCACAAGUUCACCUACUCGGCGAGCGUAACGUCAAGCGCGCCUGUCUUACUGUCUGCGUUGCGUGUGUCUCCCCCAGAGAGUGACGUUAACGAGCUUGGCAAAGAGAUUACGUACUCGUUUGAUCAGCCAACGAGAGUGCCAUCUUACCUUAUUGCAAUUGCUUCCGGCGACUUGGCUUUCAAAAAGACAGGCAACCGUACGGGAGUCUGGGCAGAUCCCACCGAGCUCCAAGCGGCCGCUUGGGAGUUCGAGGAAGACAUAGAGACGUUCCUUGAGACGGCAGAGUCGCUCACCAGCUCGACGUACCAGUGGUCGACCUAUUCCGUGCUCGUUUUGCCCAAAUCGUUUCCCUUUGGCGGCAUGGAGAACCCCCAGCAGACCUUCGUGACCCCCACCCUUUUGGCCGGCGACCGGUCACUUGUUGAUGUUGUCGCACAUGAAGCCUCGCAUAGCUGGUUCGGAAACAACAUCACAUGCUCCAGCUGGCGAAGUUUCUGGCUCAAUGAGGGCUGGACGACCUAUCUCGAGAGACUGAUCGUCGGGAGACUUCAUGGCGAGCCCGCUAGAUCUUUCUCCUAUAUCAUCGGUGCGACGGCACUUCAGAAGUCUCUUCAGGAGAUGAGAUCCGAGCCCCGCUACCAGCGACUUGUAGUAGAAUACAAGGAGGGAGAAGACCCAGACUCGGCCUUCUCGUCGAUUCCGUAUGAUAAAGGGUCCAACUUGCUACUACAUCUCGAACGCAAAGUAGGAGGUCUCGAUGUCUUCUUGCCCUACAUGGCCGACUACUUUGCGACUUUCAAGAACACCUCAUUGAGUACGGAAGACUGGCGAGCGCAUCUCUAUCGCUACUUCUCUAAGCAUGGAGGCGAUGAAGCCAUUGCCAAGCUCGACGCGGUAGACUGGCAAUCCUGGCUACACGGCGUCGAGAUGCCCAAGAUGGAAUAUGAUACUUCUCUGGCCGAUGCUGCCUUUGCGCUCGCAGCUCGAUGGUCGAAGGCUCAACAAGACGGAACAAGCAGCUUCGGCCCAGAUGAUCUCAAGGCGUUCAAUGCGAAUCAGACCGUCGUCUUCCUGGAACGGCUCGAGACGCAUCCGAAGCUAUCUGACGAGAUUAUUCACAAAAUAGAUGAGCUCUACAAAUUCACGCAAACGAGCAAUGCCGAGAUCGCGCUACGCUGGUUCCUUGUCACGCUCAAAGCCGGCUUGUACCUACAAGAAGCAGCUGACUGGGUAACGGACAAAGGGCGAAUGAAGUUCUGUCGACCGAUCUACCGCGGCCUAGCAAAGAACGAUCUCGAGCUGGCUCGAAGGACGUUCCUGGAGCACGAGGCCUUUUAUCAUGCAAUCGCAGUAGCACAGAUCAAGAAGGACCUCGGCUUGAAAUGA